GUUCCCAUGGAAGCAUAAGCGAUGUGAGCUCCGUAGAUCGAGUUCCACCACAAAGUACCUUCUUUCCUCCUCUUGUUCCCCUAUAUAUUCCUCUGGCUUUUCACCCUCUCUUUCUCUGCCUUGUUGUCUUUCGCCUCUGUCAUCGCAACUAACAUCUACUUUCCCCUCCCCCAAACCUGAGAUACAGAGAAUCACAGGGAAGGAUAUGGGCCUUAAAGGCCCUUUCUUCCCCACCUUCUUCCAUGGCUCUGUCAUGAUGAUCACCAGCUUCUUCCGCCACAAGAUGCUCGUCGACCUUUUAAAGGAGAUGUGCUUCUAAGGAAAAGGACUUUUUCCCCCUUCUUUCUGAGAGACAGGAAAAAAAAAAUCUCUGUUUUUGAUCGGUGUUUCUGUGGGGAAAAGGAAAUAAAUGGAUGAAAGGAAGCUCCUUGGGAGCUCAGACUUUGCAGUCCUGCUGCGGAACCAGGGGAUGUACCCUGGAACUCACUUUCCUGGCCCAUGGGAAGGCCGCCCGGCCACGAACACUUUCGAUAGGCCUCUGUUUAAGCCUGUUGAGUUAGACGAUUUCGGCGACGAUGACUCGGAUGAUUCUCUCCAUCACCAAGAAAAGAAGAGGCGGCUGACGACGGAUCAAAUUCAGUUCCUCGAGAACAGCUUUGAGUCGGAGAACAAACUCGAACCCGAGAGGAAGACUCGACUCGCGCAAGUCCUCGGGCUGAAGCCUAGGCAGGUUGCGAUAUGGUUCCAAAACCGUCGCGCGCGGUGGAAGACGAAGCAGUUGGAGAAGGACUACGAGGCCUUGAAGUCUAGCUAUGAUGGCCUCAAGGUUGAUCAUGAGUGCCUUCUCAAGGAAAAAGAAGAGCUAGAGGCUGAGGUUCUUUCCCUCACCAGAAAGCUUCUCCAAAAGGAGAGGAAUGGCUGCCUGGAAUCAUCUGAGUUCAACGACAGAUGUCGUGACAAGUUGCCGAACCCGGAAUCCCCCUCGAGCUUCAAUGAUUUGCGGCAGACCGUGGCACGCAAGCAAGAAGACAUCAGCUCUGCCAACAGCACCAUAUUAGACUGUGGAAGCCCUGCUUGCAUUGAUGAAGGUGGAUACUCCAUGCUAAUGGAGCUCACCAGUUCCUCGAAUGCCUUUGAGCUCGAUAAUUCAGACCGAUCGCAGAUUGGUGAGGCUGACGAUGCUAGUGACUACGACUUCUUGGCUCUUGAGGAUAACUCAUGUGGCUAUGGACUGCUUUGGUCUUAAUAACCAACAACUCUUGUAAAGAAUGUUAACACCAUGUGUAUGUGUAUUUUACCUAUCCUCCCCCACUUUGCUUAAUGAUAUGGUCUCGUGUUCAUGCUAUUUGGCAGA